AUGGCUCCGCUUCAGCAAACCGCAUUGCACACCCUCCAUACUCGGACGGGACUCACAGAAGGUGAUUGCGAGGGGAUUCACGAAAGUCUGAGAGAAUUCCUCUUAGCACACAUGACUGCGGAGCUACGAAAAUUCAAAACCAGAACCACAGAAAAACGGUGGAGAGCAAUGGCAGAUGAAAUGAGAAGCCAUGAUGAUUUCCUGGAUCUUCCUGAUGAGCUCAGCGUUGCCACAUUCAAACGGGAGUAUUGGUAUGAUUUCUUACGAAGUCCGUGGGUUUCUGCGUGGACAUGCCUGAGGCGCACCGAUGAGAAGAACGGUGCACCUAAACAUCCCAUCCAUCAUGAAGAGACUAAACGGUCAACUGUUACAUCUUCUCGAGAAGAACAUACCCAAUCAUCCAGUGGUACGCCCUCUCUGGAACAGCAUAGCACACCUCUGCAGCAGUCGGAGGUGACCUUACCUAGAGAUAUCAAAUUACAAUGCCUUCUUAUGGAUACGGAUAAAAGAUCAGCACCAGUGAACGCCAUCGCAUUGAUAUAUGAUGAAAAAGUGCGUACUGACGGUACCAGUGUCAAUGUCAAUGUUUUCGAUUUGAGUUUUCUCAAAUUCGGACAAUGGGUGUCAGCUGCCGAUCAGAUGAGCGAUGCUGAUGUAAAUAUCAUGUUCUACGAAGACGCGCAGAAGAAUCUAGUCGCUAUUCAGAGUGAAGAGAUCUUCCAUAUGGCACUGAUCCAGAUGAUGUAUAAGCGCAGUCGUGAGAACUCUCCGAACAAGACCUUCCAAUUCAUUGUCAUGCCCAAAGGAAACCCCGACGGUCGCCGCUUACCGAUCCGAUCCCAGUCUGCCAGUCAACCGCCCCAUCAGGCACAGCGAGGUGUCAAACGCCGGCGUGAAAAUAACAACUCACCCGACCAUAGGCAUCCCCAGAGGAGUCAAAACAAAGACCACACCGGCAUCAACCCAGCACAGGGAGAUGUAGGGAUCAGUCCUCUCCAGUUCACGACUCCCACUGCAAGCAAUCAUCCUAAUGGAUCAGAUCCUGAAAGGGGCGAAAGUCAAGAUGAUAUAAAUGAGGGCUCAGAGAAUCAAGAAUCGCAGGAAAAAGGCAGACGGGAUGGAGGCGCAGCCCAGACCUAUUCUCCAUUGGAGUUUGAGCUGAAUUCGUCAACUGCGUCUCGUUCCCCCGGCAGCACCCCGGAGAAUGAGCGAACUUCGAGUCCUAAAAAUGGAGAUCCUAUUUCAACCGCGACACCCAGUGGCCAGGUGACAGUUCCGAGUAUUAAGCAUGAGAUCACCGACAUCUGUGACUCUAGCGAUGAAAGCAAAGUCGGAAAACAUAACACACAGGAGGAUAGAGACAGAAAUAAAGUUCUAGUCAAGGACGAAGAUGAAGUUGAUGAAGACAUCUCUCUAAUUCCACUCAACAAGCAGCGUAUGAGCCGUUGUUUUCCUAAUUCAUAG